UUGAAGGAAAAUGAAAUCGGCCAUGUCGUGGUAGAGAUCUGUCCUGCAUCCAGCGAGGCUUAAUCACGGCUUAAUUCACCUUUUUCUCAUGUAAUGUAGACUUAGAACCACAGCUCUGAUAAUUACAACAUCUAAACCUCUCGUUUGACAGAAAAAAAUCCAGUCAAAUAUCGUGAAAAACCAGAUAUUCCAUCAUGAGCGGAGGAGGAACGCCGUACAUUGGGAGCAAAAUUAGCUUAAUCUCCAAGGCCGGGAUCCGCUAUGAAGGAAUUUUGUACACCAUUGAUACGGAGAACUCGACCGUAGCUCUUGCUAAAGUGCGCUCUUUUGGCACUGAGGACCGGCCCACUGACAGGCCUAUUCCUCCUCGAGAUGAAGUGUUUGAGUACAUCAUCUUCAGAGGGAGUGACAUAAAGGACCUGACAGUCUGUGAGCCGCCCAAAGCCACUAGCUCCCUGCCUCAGGACCCUGCUAUAGUUCAAUCGUCGCUUGGAUCCGCCAAUGUUGCCCCGCCGCCCUCCUUCCAGGCCCCGGGGCCCUACGCUCCGCUCAGCAAGGCCCCUCCUGCCUCCUACAGCCAGUUUGGAGUCACCCCCCUGGCAUCUCAGCCGUAUGGAUCUGCUGGAGGACGCGCCAGCCCCGAAAUGGACUCGUUGAAAAAACGUCCCAUCCUGGAGCAGGCAGUGCAGGCCCCCCCCUCUUCUGCCCCCGCCCCCCCUGCUCCUGUGGGUCAGAGGCCUCAGCCCAUUGCGGCCCCCCGACCCACCAGCAGCAGCGCAGGCAUCCAGAAGCCCCCCGACCUCCUGGAGCAGAGACGCGCUCCUGAGGUUCAGACGGUGUCUCAGCCUGAGCAUGAACACGGUGCGAUGGAGAACCGAGACCCAAACAAGCGCUACAAUGCUGGUCUGCAGUCUAACCGCCGUGGGCGCGGCAGAGGGAACCGCAGCAGAGGCCGAAUGAACGUACGUCGGGACGGUGCCAUGAAGUUUGAAGAAGACUUCGACUUUGAGACCGCCAACGCUCAGUUCAACAAGGAUGAGAUCGACAAAGAGCUGCAGAACAAACUCAAACUGAAAGAUGACAAGAUUGAGAAGUCUCUGAAUGGAGAGGAAGCUGCAGAGUCAGCAGAACAUCCGGCCAGCGAGGGCACCACCACCACCACCACCGCCGCCAGCACCACCACCACCACCAACGAAGAUGACGAGGCUACGUCCAACACUUACUACGACAAGACCAAGUCCUUCUUCGAUAACCUGGGUGCUGACGAUUUAAGUAAAGGGGGUGAUCGAGGCUUCUCAAGGUGAGUCACAUGGUUUCAUAG